AUGGCAAUAGAGGACUUCGACAUUGGCGAAAUACCUGGCUUUUCAAGACCACCGCUUCCAGUGCCACCUCCACGACCUCGACCUCUGAUUCCUGGAUAUAGUCAAAGACCAAUAAUGAAGCCUCCUACAUUGCCUCCGUGGUUUCCUACACCCAGUCGGAUCUCAUUAGCUACAGGUCCCUUCUGGUUGGCUGUUACCACCACUCAGGCAUCAGCAAAUAUCGUUUCAUCAACAACAUCGGCAGAUUCAUCUUCGACUAUGUUGACAAAAGCAAGCGGCGAUACAUCAACCACUCCAAGAGAAAGUCGGAUUCUUCGCGAACUUGUUGGUUGA